GGAUGUAGACAGUUAGCAUUAGCUUGCUCUACUUUUCCUCCGCCGCUUCAUUUCACUCCGAUUCGCAGCCCCAGCCAAGCAGAAGUGACACGUCUGGCACACCAUGGCAGAGCAGGAGCCCACACCAGAGCAGCUGGCAGCCAUCGCUGCAGCCAACGAAGAGAAGGAGCUUGCCAUCAACUACAAACCUCCUGCCCAGAAGAGCUUACAGGAGAUCCAGGAGCUGGACAAGGAGGACGAGAGUCUGCGGAAGUACAAGGAGGCGCUGCUGGGAAACGCUGCUGUGGUCGCAGAUCCCAGUGCCCCAAAUGUCCAGGUGACACGGAUGACCCUGGUAUGCGAGACGGCGCCGGGUCCUCUGGUCCUUGACCUUACUGGAGACCUGGAUAACUUCAAGAAGAACCCGUUCACACUCAAGGAGGGCGUGGAAUACAGAAUAAAGAUCAACUUCAAGGUGAACAAGGAAAUCGUGUCCGGUCUGAAGUACAUGCAGCAAACGUUCAUGAAAGGAUUCAAAGUUGAUAAGUCGGACUACAUGGUUGGAAGCUACGGGCCACGGCCAGCCGAGGAGUACGAGUUCCUCACCACCAUGGAGGAGGCGCCCAAAGGGAUGCUGGCCCGCGGCACUUACAACAUCAAGUCCAAGUUCACCGAUGACGACAAGUACAACCACCUCUCCUGGGAGUGGAGUCUCGCCAUCAAGAAAGAUUGGAAGGACUGAUCCCCAUCAUCAUUCUCCUCUGCUCCCCCCAUCCUUCUUUCUUCCACAUCAUUCCGUCAUUUCUCUGAAUUCUUUCAUUUCUCUCCGUCCUCCAGUCACCCAACUCUGCUCUUCUUAGAUUCCAAUCACAUCAUUGUCCUCUUUUGUAAAACUCAGAUUUUUUUUUUUUUUUUUUUUACACCUGCCUUUUCUGACAAGUAUUAAAUCCUCAAAAAGAAAAAAAAAAAAAAUAUAUAUAUAUAUAUAAAUGAAGACAGCAAGCAAUGUGCAUAAUCCAGAUUUUUCAGGUUUAUAAAGAAAUCUAUGAUUUCCUGUGGUUUCCAUCAGUGUUUAACGUGUCGUUUUGUGUGACCUGCCUUGAAGUGGUCUUUGAGCAAUCACUGCUGGGAGUCUGACUCUUUUAAAGCAGAUUCUUUGGGUCAAAUUCAACUACGUAAUCUUUCAAAUGGUUUCGAUGCGAGCACAGAGCAGGGGAAACGGUUACCUCUGACCCCCGUUUUCACUUGCAGCUGAUCCUCUCCUGAUCAGGGGUUCUUCCUUCCUGUUUUAUUAACCGUGUGGCCUUAACAGCUGUAGAGAAACCCCAACAAGCCAUUUGCCUUCAGAGUAAAAACUGAGCCUGUUUUAACCCAGUUUGUAAUAAACGGACAGAGAAUCAGAAGUGAGGACUGGAGUCAUCUUUAUUUCAGGUCUGAAAAAGCCAUUACACUGACGGGUGCUCUUUAGUAUUUGUCUGAGAACCUAAUAAAUGAACUUUGAGUCCAGUUUGUACAGAUGGCUUUCAGCCAGUGUCCCGGGAGCUGUUAAACCGCUCCAUAUUGAAGAUCAUCUCUAACUGUGCCUCUACGCCCUUAAACUUAAUAUAUCUUCAGAAUCAAACAAAUCUCAGUCCUCCCAACCUUUUUUAUACACUCCAUAAAUAUCUGAAUGCUGUCUGGCUUCGUUCACCUCGUGUGUCAUGGACUGAUGGUUUGUCUGAGAUGUUUAAAUCGACACGUGCCGUCUGUAAUAAACAGUUUACUGAUCUCUUGUGUUCAAAUUAAAGUCUUCAGACUGCC